AUGGGAAAUCCAAAGUACGAGAACGGACAGGUGGUAUUCUAUAGGCCAAUGGCCGGCGGCAACGCCGAAGCCACAGAGAGCACCGGAAUCAUCACCGAUAUCCUCAUGGAGCCUGGCCUGCAGGCCAACAUGAGCGUUAAUGCCAGCGCGGCCCAGCCGCGAAAGAUUCAAAACUACAACACCGGCCAUACCAUUAGCGUGUUUGAGGAAAAUAUCCUAGGGAAGGCUUAA